CCUCUCAAUUUAGUUGGUGAGAAUUGGUAAAUAAUGGAUGCUGCCAAAAAGCAAGAUAUGCCCCCACCAGGAGGCUACAAGAAGAUUCCCUUUGCCCGUGUGCCUGCCAAAGUUUACUUCUCGGGUUGGCAAAUGUUGGGAACAUAUGCUGCCGUUACCACAGUGGGUUUGUAUAUUUACUAUUUGAACGCCAAAAUGAUUAAGCGUGAAGAAAUUGAAAUGCGCUCAGCGGAAAAUGUUAUUUUCCCCGUUUUGAUUGCUGAACGCGAUCGUGAAUUCUUGAAGCAAUUGAGACGCAAUCGUGAUGAGGAAGCCAAAUUGAUGGCUAAUGUUCCCGGAUGGGAGGUUGGCACCUGGUACGGUGAACCCAUUUACAAAACAUUGCCCAAGGAUAAAUUGGUUACUCCCAGCUUCCAAGAAUUCUAUGUCCACACCGACUGGAAGUCCCUUGCUAAACGUGCCCACAUCAAAUUGUGGUCUUAAACAUUUUCUUGUGCAACC